UGUCGCGCCGUGUUCAACUCGCGUUUUAGCAGAAAGAGAGAAUUGAAUUUGCAAACGCCCCUUGAGCCUAGAAGGAAGACGGGGACAAACUCCAAAAAUCGUGUCACCAAAAAAACAAAUUAUUGUCAAAUCCAAUUCCGUUUUAGAGAGAGAGAGAGACAGUGUGAAACAGAAAGAGAAAGGAAAGAGUAGCCUACUGAGAAAAGAAAGGAAGAAGACCAACCUCCCCCAAAAAAAGGAAAAAAAAAAUCAAUAUUCGUCUUCCUUCUCGGUUUCUCAUCAGCAGGGUUUGCUCUUCUUUCUCUUAACUGCCAUUUGAGAUUCCAUUGUUUCGAGGGGUGAAUCUUGGAUUAGGUUUUCUUUCUUAACAGCGGAGAUCUUAGAGGCGGUUGGAGGAAUCUUUCUGGAUAUUCUUGAUUUCUUCGAAAUCUUGAUUCAAGAUUUUUCUCUCGUUUUUGUUAAGCCUGGGAUCAUUCUCGAUAUAAUUGAGGUUGUGUGGAAUACUAAGAAAACAAAUAUACAAGGUCUGUAAAAGUUGAAGAGGGAAAUUGGGGUAGGACGAUGAUGAUGAACAGGAAGGAGGAUGUUGACCAGAGCAACAGGAGUUGGUUUUUGAUGUAAUAUGGCACUGGUUUUGACGCACGCAUACAAUAUUACAACAUCAACAAAUUCAUCAUCAACAAUAUGUCGCUUUACAUUCGUCGCGAGGCUGCAAAGUUAUGGAAGAGAUUAUGUGCAGAGAUUUCAACGGAAAUCAACCUUCUUGCGGAGAACUGGAUGUAUAUUCUUGCCGGCUUAAUUUUUCAGUACAUCCAUGGCUUGGCUGCUCGAGGAGUACAUUAUCUGCAUCGGCCUGGGCCAACUCUUCAAGAUGUUGGCUUUUACCUUCUUCCGGAGCUUGGGCAAGACAAAGCUUACAUCAGUGAAACUGUGUUUACAUUCAUAUUUAUAUCUUUUGUCCUGUGGACUUUCCACCCUUUCAUUUUCAAGAGCAAAAAGAUCUACACAGUUUUAGUGUGGUGCAGGGUCCUGGCCUUUCUAGUUGCUUGUCAAAUUCUUCGGAUCAUUACUUUUUAUUCUACUCAACUUCCUGGUCCAAACUAUCAUUGUCGUGAGGGUUCGAAACUCGCCAGGCUUCCUCCUCCUAAUAAUGCUUUAGAGGUUCUAUUAAUUAACUUUCCUCGUGGGGUUCUUUAUGGUUGUGGUGACUUGAUAUUUUCAUCUCAUAUGAUCUUCUCUCUCGUAUUUGUGCGGACGUAUCACAAAUAUGGCUCACGGAGGUUUGUGAAACAACUUGCUUGGCUGACGGUGGUUAUCCAGAGCAUGUUGAUUGUUGCAUCCCGCAAACAUUAUACAGUUGAUGUUGUUGUUGCAUGGUAUACUGUUAAUUUAAUGGUUUUCUUUCUUGACAAAAAGUUGCCAGAAUUGCCUGAUCGUGGUGGAGCUGCAGCAUUGUUGCUGCCACUGAGCAAGGAUAGCAGCAAGUCUAAAGAAGAGAAUCAUAAACUUCUUAAUGGGAACUCCGGAGAUCCAGCUGACUGGAGACCAAGAAUCCAAGUCAAUGGAAAGAUAAUGGAGGAUGGAACUACAGUGCAUGUUGAAGCAGUGAUGAAUGGUGUAUAGUAUGAAGCUGCUGCAGAUGCAAGGAUAUGUCAGUGAUAGCUUUUUAACUUUAGAUGCCUCUGGUAAAUCUGAUUUGUAUUCUGGUGAUUGGAAUAUGAGUCGGGAUUUUUCAAUGUACUAUAGUUCUCCUAUCCUUAAAAUGUAAUUUUCCAAUUUAAUUCGGUA